AUGCUGCCCACACAAGCAUCCAGCGCUCACAAGCGUGUGCGCACCCUGAGCCCUCGGCCGGGCUCGGAGGUGCAGGAGAGCGAGCCUGACGGCGCCGGCACGACCUCUGCCGACUUUGAUCCUCUCAAAGCUGCUCUCGCUUCGCCGGAGACCGCUUCGGCUGUGACGCUGCUCGAGACUGUCAAGACGCUCAACGACGCUGAGAUCACCGUGCCCUGCGAGCCAGUGGCUCUCCAGUCGUUGGCGCAAUACGUCUACGACAAAAACGUGCUGCGUUUCGGCAAGAGUCUGGACUUGUCGCCUCACUGCUAUCUGCAGCUGUUUGCCGUAGCUGACAUGUUUGAGCUCGACGCUCUCAAGGCGCGGCUGCUCGUUACGCUCAGAACGCUAGCCAGCCGAGACGAGUCAUUUGUCCUAAAGCACAUCCUGACGAGUGCGGUCUACCUCCACGUCGAUGUUGAAGAAAUCUUCUAUGGCUCGUUGCUCGAUCGCCUGCACGUCUUCAAGGCUCACAGCGAGUUUUCCGCCUUCUGGGAAGAGCUGCUGCUGCUCGACGCCGCAACUGGCGCAAACCUCAAGCACCGGCUUCUCCAUGGUCUCUGCGAUGGAGCUGCCGCCCUGUCGCGUCAGCUCAAGGCAACUCAUGAGCAAGCAGAGCAUCCGGGCAUGAACGCGUCCGAGGAUCUGGAGGAGUAUGACGCCCUGGGCGCCGCUCUGGAGUCAGCAAGCAGCGUCUCAUCUUUGCACCUGAUCGGGUCCAUCAAGCUCCUCCGUCGAGCACAGUGGCCAGCACCCGAUGUCCGCCUCCUUCCACUCCUCGGCAAGGGCGACAAGCGUCGCGAGACUGUCCUAGUGCAUAGUGCAGUGCUCAAAGCGUUCGAGCACUUCAGGGUCUCGAUGUCGUCGGGCUUCCUCGAGACCGUGACGACGCAGGGCGCCAGCGACGCUCAGUCGGCCGAAGCUGCUUCGAAGCUCGUCGAGGUCACAAUUGAGUGCGAGCCGGUAGCCCUGCGGGCGCUGGCUCGCUUCUUCUACGAUCGGGACGUGGAACAAUUCAGCGGCACUGAUGACACUAUGCCGUCUCACUGCUUGCUGCAGCUCUAUGCGGUCACAGACAUGCUCGAGCUGGCUGAUCUCAAGACGAAGAUCGUACAAGUGUUGAAAGAGCGCGUUGCCGUCGAUGAUGAUUUUGUGCUGCGGAAUGUCCUGACGAGCGAUGUCUGGCUCUAUCAGGACCUGGUUCCUUUAUUUCACAACGCUCUGUUCUCGGUGAGUCGGCUGUAG